AUGAGGGCCGUGUUGACGUGGAGAGAUAAAGCCGAACAGUGUAUAUAUGACCUCGCAUUUAAGCCUGAUGGAACCCAACUGAUUUUGGCUGCAGGAAACAGAUUACUGGUUUAUGACACCUCUGAUGGCACCUUACUUCAGUCCCUAAAGGGACACAAAGAUACUGUGUACUGUGUGGCGUAUGCGAAGGAUGGCAAGCGCUUUGCUUCUGGAGCAGCUGACAAAAGUGUUAUUAUCUGGACGUCAAAAUUAGAAGGCAUUUUGAAGUACACGCACAAUGAUUCUAUCCAGGCUGUCUCCUACAAUCCUGCCACCCACCAACUUGCAUCUUGUUCCUCUAAUGAUUUUGGCUUGUGGUCUCCUGAACAGAAGUCUGUCUCCAAGCACAAAUCCAGCAGCAAGAUCAUCUGCUGUAGCUGGACAAAUGAUGGUCAGUACCUGGCUCUGGGGAUGUUCAAUGGAGUCAUCAGCCUACGGAACAAAAAUGGCGACGAGAAAGUGAAGAUCGAGCGGCCUGGGGGCUCCCUUUCUCCGAUAUGGUCCAUCUGCUGGAACCCUUCAAGAGAGGAACGUAAUGACAUCCUGGCUGUAGCUGAUUGGGGGCAGAAACUUUCCUUCUAUCAACUAAGUGGAAAACAGAUUGGGAAGGAUCGGCCACUGAACUUUGACCCCUGCUGUGUCAGCUACUUCACUAAAGGGGAGUACAUUUUACUGGGAGGGUCAGACAAGCAAGUAUCCCUUUUCACCAAGGAUGGAGUGCGGCUCGGGACUGUUGGGGAGCAGAACUCCUGGGUGUGGACUUGCAAAGUGAAGCCUGAUUCCAACUACGUGGUGGUAGGCUGCCAGGAUGGCACCAUUUCCUUCUACCAGCUUAUUUUCAGCACUGUCCAUGGGCUCUAUAAGGACCGGUAUGCAUAUAGGGAUAGCAUGACUGAUGUCAUCGUGCAGCACCUGAUCACUGAGCAGAAAGUUCGGAUUAAAUGCAAAGAGCUUGUCAAGAAAAUUGCCAUCUACAAAAAUCGAUUAGCUAUCCAAGUGCCAGAAAAAAUCAUCAUCUAUGAGUUGUAUUCAGAUGAUUCAUCAGACAUGCGUUACCGGGUAAAGGAGAGGAUUGUCAAAAAGUUUGAAUGCAACCUCCUGGUGGUGUGCUCUGAUCACAUCAUCCUCUGCCAGGAGAAACGGCUGCAGUGCCUGUCCUUCAGUGGAGUGAAAGAGCGUGAGUGGCAGAUGGAAUCUCUCAUCCGCUACAUCAAGGUGAUUGGUGGCCCUCCAGGAAGGGAAGGUCUGUUGGUGGGCCUGAAGAAUGGACAGAUUCUGAAGAUCUUCGUGGACAAUCUCUUUGCCAUUGUCCUACUGAAACAGGCCACAGCCGUGCGCUGCUUAGACAUGAGCGCCUCUCGAAAAAAGCUGGCCGUGGUGGAUGAAAACGAUACAUGCUUGGUCUAUGACAUUCACACCAAGGAGUUGCUUUUUCAGGAACCGAAUGCCAACAGUGUGGCCUGGAACACCCAGUGUGAGGACAUGCUCUGCUUCUCGGGAGGAGGCUACCUCAACAUCAAAGCUAGCACCUUCCCCGUGCACCAGCAGAAGCUGCAGGGCUUUGUGGUCGGCUACAACGGUUCCAAGAUCUUCUGCCUGCAUGCCUUCUCCAUAUCAGCUGUGGAGGUGCCACAGUCUGCUCCCAUGUACCAGUACCUGGAGAGGAAAAUGUUCAGAGAAGCCUACCAGAUUGCUUGCUUGGGGGUGACAGACACUGAUUGGCGUGAGCUGGCCAUGGAAGCUUUAGAAGGAUUAGAGUUUGAAACAGCAAAGAAGGCCUUCAUCAGAGUACGAGACCUCCGAUAUUUAGAGCUCAUCAACAGCAUUGAGGAGAGGAAGAAGCAGGGAGAGACCAACAAUGACCUGUUUCUGGCAGAUGUGUUUGCCUACCAGGGGAAGUUCCACGAGGCCGCCAAACUGUACAAGAGGAGUGGACACGAGAACCUCGCACUCGACAUGUACACUGACCUCCGCAUGUUUGAGUAUGCCAAGGAUUUCCUUGGAUCUGGAGACCCCAAAGAAACAAAGAUGCUAAUCACCAAACAGGCUGACUGGGCUAGAAAUAUCAAUGAGCCCAAAGCCGCUGUGGAGAUGUACAUCUCAGCUGGAGAGCAUGUCAAGGCCAUAGAGAUCAGCGGUGACCAUGGCUGGAUUGACAUGUUAAUUGACAUUGCCCGCAAGCUGGACAAGGCUGAGCGGGAGCCCCUGCUAAUGUGCGCUCAUUACUUCAAGAAGCUGGAUAACCCUGGCUAUGCUGCCGAGACCUACCAGAAGAUUGGUGACCUGAAGUCCUUGGUUCAGCUUCACGUGGAGACCCAGCACUGGGAUGAGGCUUUUGCUCUGGGCGAGAAGCAUCCUGAGUUUAAAGAAGACAUCUACAUGCCCUACGCUCAGUGGUUGGCAGAGAACGAUCGUUUUGAGGAAGCCCAAAAAGCGUUCCACAAGGCCGGGCGGCAGGGGGAAGCGGUCAGAGUGCUGGAGCAGCUCUCAAACAACGCGGUGGUAGAAAACAGAUUUAAUGAUGCUGCCUAUUAUUAUUGGAUGCUGUCCAUGCAGUGCCUCAAUAUAGCUCAAGAUCCUGCCCAGAAGGACACGAUGCUCACCAAGUUUCACCACUUCCAGCACUUGGCCGAGCUGUACCACUGCUACCAUGCCAUUCACCGGUACACGGAGGAGCCGUUCAGUUCCCAUCGCCCUGAAACCCUCUUCAACAUCUCCAGGUUCCUGCUGCACAGCCUGACCAAGGACACCCCCUUGGGCAUCUCUAAAGUGAGAACACUCUUCACCCUGGCCAAGCAGAGCAGGGCCCUGGGUGCCUACAAACUGGCCCGGCACGCCUACGACCAGCUGCGGGGCCUGUACGUCCCCGCCAGGUUCCAGAAGUCCAUCGAGCUGGACAGCCUGACCAUCCGCUCCCAGCCCUUCCAUGACAACGAGGAGCUGGUGCCCUUGUGCUACCGCUGCUCUACCAACAACCCUUUGCUAAACAAUUUGGGCAACGUUUGCAUCAAUUGCCGCCAGCCCUUCAUCUUCUCUGCCUCUUCCUAUGAGGUGCUGCACCUGGUCGAGUUCUACCUAGAGGAGGGGAUCACUGAUGAAGAAGCCGUCUCCCUCAUUGACCUGGAGGCACCAAGACACAAGUGCGAGAACAAAUGGCAGGAGAUCACAGGCAACAAUUCCCAGACUCUGAGACUGGACGAGACCAUGAAUUCCAUGGGAGAUGAUGACCCUUUCACGGCAAAGCUGAGUUUUGAGCAAGGUGGCUCGGAGUUCGUGCCCGUGGUCGUGAGUCGGUCGGUGCUGCGCGCCAUGAGCCGUCGGGAAGUCCUCAUCAAGCGCUGGCCCCCGCCCCUGCAGCGGCAGUACUUCCGCUCCUUCCUGCCGGACGCCUCCAUCACCACGUGUCCCUCCUGCUUCCAGAUGUUCCACUCGGAGGACUAUGAGCUACUGGUACUUCAGCACACCCACUGCCCCUAUUGCCGGAGACAUAUUGACGAUCCCAGCCCGUGA